ACGAAGAAAAUUCAUUUCGUUGCCUUCUUGUUCUAGACUUGAAAUGGGUGAAAAUCCAUUAAAUGGAAUUUGCUGUCUGUUAAUGGCUUCCCUUUUUGGUCUAUCCACUUGUUUCCAAUUCAACGAUCCAGAUUGGUAUUUCUGGAUCCCAUUAUAUGCAUCUGCUUGUUUUGUGAAUCUGCUGAAAUUCUGUAAACCAAAUUCACCAAGAAUCAGAAAAUUGGCCAAGUUAGGAUUGUGUCUUGGCGUAUUCUUGUUUAUCAAAGUUGGGGCAGAAGAUUUGAUUAAUGGAAAAUGUGGGAUUUGGUGUAUGAAUAUGAGAGAGAGAGUUGUGAGAGAGAGAUUGGGGAGUGGGCUUGUUGUUUGCUCCAUGUUUCUUGUGAAGGACAACUCAAGAUAUGGUAUGGUAUUUUUACUCUCUCAACUCUCAACUUUGUUUCCUUUAUUGCUCAGACAAGUUUUUAUGUGGCAGGUUUGCCCAUUUUGGUUGGCGUUGCCUAUGGCAUCAGCUUCAUCUUCUUUGCAUUUCAACAUCAUCAAAUGCGAUAUUAAUCACUCGACAUAUGUUGGGAGAUUGAUCAUUCAACAUAUAUGAAAUCUAUAGAUGUAGCUCUUUUAUUUCACUUAGAUUGACACAUUGACCACUAUACUAAGGAUUGAUUUUGUAUUAAAAUAGGAUUUUUUCUUGAAAUAGUUGGAUUUAGGAAACAAGUUCCGUGUUUGGGAGACCUAUAUCUUUUACUUCCAAGAGAGGGUAAGAACUAAGACGGGUUGGGUUUGGUUUGCGUUUGUGUGUCUUUAAGAAAGAAGCAUAAGCGUAUAGCGUCUGUCCAAAAACAUGAGAGUUGGAUAGCGCAAGUGGCAAGGGAUGUACCAUAGGGCUAAUUUUGCACUCAAGUCCUAAGCACAAAUCUUGUGAACCGCCUCCGUCACUCACUCAAGGUCAAGGACCCGCGUCAACUAAACACAAUGCCAACUUUUCAUGACUCCUCAGAAGCACCCAAAUAACAAAUGAGUGCUAAAAAAACUUUCCAUAAAAUCUUAAAAAUCUCAUUUUCAAGCAAGGAAUUUUCUAACAAUCUAACCAAACAUUUAUGCAAUCUAAAAAGUAUUAGGCCUUGAACUUCUAUGUGUUGUACUCGUUCCUUUUACCAAGUAAAACUAGCUAUCUCUCGAUUAAUCUAGUUAAACGGACAUAGUUCUAAAAUAGGCCAGACAAUAAAACAACAAAAGCACAAGAACAAGCAAAACAAUCACAAGAGCUGGGAAAGGGUUCAAUUCAAUAUAUCAAAACAUGUUCAUAAUAGUUUUCACCAAAAAAUCUACAAAUGAUGUUUAACUACUCAUAGACAAGUAGUAAAAACAA